AUGCCGCCCACAACACCCCCCUUCGACACAACCCCGAUAGUAGUCUUCGGCCCCUCCGGCGCCGGAAAGGGCACUCUCCUGCAAAAGCUCUUCGCCGAAUUCCCCGACAGGUUCGGCUACAGCAUCUCGCAUACCACGCGCGCGCCCCGCCCAGGCGAGACACACGGCAAGGAGUACAACUUCACGAGCAUGGAGAAGUUUCAGGAGAUGGUGGGGCAGGGCGCGUUCGUGGAGUGGGCGCGGUAUGGGAGCAAUUGCUAUGGGACGAGUGUUAAGGCGGUCGAGGAGGUGGAGGGGCGGGGGAGGUGUUGUGUGUUGGAGAUUGAGAUGGAGGGCGUCAAGCAAGUAGCGAAUCACCCCACCUUCCCUCGCCCCCGAUUCGUCUUCAUCUCUCCGCCCUCCCCAGAGGUUCUCGAGAAGCGGCUAAGAAGCAGAGGGACGGAUAAAGAGGAGGAGGUGCUCAAGCGGCUAGAGCAAGGAAAGAAGGAGAUGGAGUUCGCCAAGUCCGGGGGUGUGAAUCCGAAGGUCGUGGUUAACGACGACUUGGAGAGGGCGUAUAAGGAGUUGAAGGAAUGGGUUGUGGGGAAGGAGUCGUAA